AUGGCGGUGAUAUACAACUGCUUCAACAAGGACUCGCCUCUUCCAUCUGACUCUGACUGGGAUGACAAUGCAUGUAGCCUCGCAGUUAAGCGGAUUAUGGUCAUGUUAGACUACCUCAAAGAGCAAUGGGGUGAGAUAUGGUCAGGGUACCGCAAGAUACACUUCUCAUGGGCUUAUGUCAACAAGAAGCAAAAGCUUGUCAUGCAUUUUGGCAAGUGCCUUUGUCGUGACACUAGUCUCAUCCCAAAUGGUGACCAACUUGAGCAAUUGAAGGAGACUCUGGCUAAGGACGGGUUGAAAGAAGAACCUGGGUGUCACUUCAACUGCAACCUUGAUCUUGACCCACUCUUUGUGAUUGGAUGUCAUAUCUAUCUGGCAUAUUUCAUCAUAUUUACUAUGUCUACGGGUUUUCUGCAGUAUCUGGGCUAUGCGCUGAACCAUCUUGUCAAGUCCAUUGUCGGUUUCAAUCAAAAUGCAAUCAACGCCAAUAUUGCAUCUACGACAAGUGCCUUUGUUGUGACGCUAGUCUCAUCCCAAAUGGUGACCAACUGGAGCAAUUGA